AAAAACGUCGAGAUAUUUCGAUCAAAUCAACAAGCAGCGCAAGAGAUCGGAGACCGGAGAUACGAAUAGAGACGAGAUCGAGCUUUAGAGACAGAAAAUUUCAUAUCAUUUCAAUGUCGAAUUCGCAGUUUCUGAAAACUAUUUUAGAUCCGAAGAAAAACUGGUUCGCCGCUCUUCACAAGAAAACUCUCGCGCAUCGGCUUAGCUUAAUGGGGUUGCGAUAUGACGAUCUAUUCGAUCCGAUGGAGUCUUUGGAUAUCAAGGAAGCACUUAACAGGCUGCCUCGUGAGAUUGUUGAUGCUAGAAACCAGCGAAUUUUGCGUGCCAUGGAUCUAUCGAUGAAACACGAGUAUCUUCCCAAAGAUCUGCAGGCACGACAGACACCAUUCAGGAGUUAUCUUGCUCACAUGCUGGCUCUGGUAAAAAGGGAGAGAGCAGAACGUGAAGCUUUAGGAGCGUUGCCUCUCGAGCAGCGUACAAUGCCGUAAUUU